GUUAAAAUACAUAAUACCAGAAGUCAAAAUUAAGAUUUUCUUAUUUUUUAUCAAAUUUGCGUAAAUAAUUUCGUUGUGCGCUAUUUAUAUUUUAGAAAUGAAACAUGUUUCGCGUAAUGAAAACAACUUUCCUGUACAUCCUGAUGGUUGUGGCUUCAGUUUCAUGCAGAAUACACAAACUGCUUCUUACGGAUGAUCAACGGAAGUAUGUGGACAUCACGACUUUCGGAUUCCUUGAGCGUGGUAUCCUAGAAGUCAAUUUAGUUAACUUUAUGAUGCCUUCAGGACCUUUCGGGGAGUACGGCUUCACAUUGGACCGAACAAUAAAUGACGCGAUUAGUCCGUAUUUAGCUCAAGGAAAUUCCAAUUCAUGUUUUCUGAAAGAAAAUGUAAUUACUCCACAACACCCAGCCAUAGUUUUCCUUAAAAUGGAUUUCGAAAACUUAAGGUUAAACGUUACAUGCCGAGCGGCAAGCCAGCAUAUAUAUAGAAACAAAAGCGUCAUUCCAAGAGUUUUCCCUAAUGAUGCAGAAGAAAAAUGUUCAUAUGAUUUGCUACCUAUUCAAAGGGAAACCAGAAAUCAAAUAGACUACUAUAAUACAAGUUUUGCUCUGUACAUAACCUCUAAGAAGGAAGAAGGUCUGUACAACUUGUACUUCAAUAACUGUCCCUAUAAAGGCGAAGGGAACCCGACACCUGUUAAUGCAAUAAUUGAAAUCUUCGAGAGCAACGAAGGAAACUACCUGUCCGCUGGUGAGAUCCCGCUGCCUCUAUUAUAUGCAGUGACGUCAUCGAUAUUCUUGUUCUGCGCUAUAUUGUGGACGUACAUUCUGAAGACGAGCAGACAGACCGUGUUCCGCAUACACAUAAUAAUGUGCAUCCUGGUGUAUCUGAAGGCAGCCUCGCUUGCCUUCCACGGGAUAAACUAUCACUUCAUACAGAUAAGGGGCGAGCACGUGACGGCCUGGGCGAUAUUGUAUUAUAUCACCCAUCUGCUUAAAGGGGCAGUUCUGUUCGUGACUAUAGUUCUUGUCGGCACCGGAUGGAAUUUCAUCAAGCAUAUACUGUCCGAUCGCGAUAAGAAACUGUUCAUGAUUGUUAUACCAUUGCAGGUGCUAGCUAAUGUUGCAGAGAUAAUAUUAGCGGAAAGCGAGGAAGGCGCAGUCGAACACAACGCCUGGCGCGAUAUCUUUAUAGUUGUCGAGCUAGUUUGUUGCGUCGCUAUUGUUUUCCCUGUUGUCUGGUCGAUACGACAUUUACAAGACGCAUCGACGACUGACGGCAAAGCGGCCAUCAAUCUUCGCAAACUGAAACUAUUCCAGCAUUUCUACGUGAUGGUCGCCUGUUACAUAUACUUUACGAGGAUUGUGGUCUUCAUAUUGAAGAAAACAGUGCGGUUCCAAUACUCGUGGAUGGACGAGAUGUUCCGCGAGCUGGCCACACUCGUGUUCUUCCUGAUGACAGGCUACAAGUUCAGGCCGGCGGCCGCUAACCCGUACUUCACGCCGACCCACUUCGAUGACGUCAAACCCGAAGUAUUAUCGGAUAUCGGUAUACUGGAAGGCGUGACACGAAUACCGAAUCGGGGCGAGAGAAGACGGGAAGACCUCCAGCCUUUAAUGCAGGACGCUGACUACAACUCUGAUUAAGCCUAGUUCAUAAGUAGACACUUUAUUAUUAUUAUUAAUUUAACACUAAUCAUACCAACACUUACUGGUUGGUACCUUUUGUACCAUAGCGGUUAGAUAACGUUACACGACAAAUAUUACUCAAAAUAAACAAAACAAAACAAAAAAAUUGUAUAAUAACUGUAGAUUAAUC